CUUCCGCCUUGGUGUCAGUGGGUCGCGGGCCUGCGGGGCGGGGGCGGGGCGGGCUGCGGAGCUCGGUCGGCGCUGGAGGGAUCGCGGUCCAGAUCUCCAAUGCCUAUUGGAUUUUUACCUUAAAAAGUUCAUAGCGUGAAAUUUCUUACACUGUCGAUGUAGAUCCAGUACAAUGAUUCAGUAGAAGACCCUACAGAUCAGGCGGCGGAGGAGCCUGGCACUGAAGGAUGAACGGAGAGGAGGAGUUCUUCGAUGCCGUCACAGGCUUUGACUCUGAUAACUCUUCUGGGGAAUUUUCAGAGGCAAAUCGGAGAGUCACUGGCGUGAUUCACGUGGACACCAGCAAAAGUAAUGGCAUCGGAAAAGUUGGGGAGAGGCCUCCUCAAGAGAAUGGAGUUCAAAAGCACAGGACGUCGUUGCCUGCCCCAAUGUUUACCAGAAGUGACUUCAGCGUGUGGAGUAUAUUGAAGAAGUGCAUUGGCUUGGAGCUGUCCAAGAUCACAAUGCCCAUCGCCUUCAACGAGCCUCUGAGUUUCCUUCAACGGAUCACCGAGUACAUGGAGCACGUGUACCUCGUCCACAAAGCCUCCUGCCAGCCCCAGCCCCUGGAAAGGAUGCAGUCUGUAGCGGCCUUUGCGGUUUCGGCUGUGGCUUCCCAGUGGGAGAGGACCGGCAAGCCGUUCAAUCCACUCUUGGGAGAAACGUACGAGUUAACCAGGGAAGACUUAGGGUUCAGAUUCAUAUCCGAGCAGGUCAGCCACCACCCACCCGUCAGUGCGUUUUACUCGGAGGGCCUCCAUCAGGACUUCCUGUUUCACGGCUCCAUCUACCCGAAGCUCAAGUUCUGGGGGAAGAGCGUGGAGGCGGAGCCCCGUGGCACCAUCACGCUGGAGCUUCUCAAACAUAACGAAGCCUACACGUGGACCAACCCUACCUGCUGUGUCCACAACGUGAUUAUCGGGAAACUCUGGAUAGAGCAGUACGGGACGGUGGAGAUUGUAAACCACAGAACUGGAGAUAAGUGUGUGCUUCACUUUAAACCGUGCGGAUUGUUUGGGAAAGAACUUCACAAAGUGGAAGGGUACAUUCAAGACAAAAACAAAAAGAAGCUCUUUAUGAUCUAUGGCAAAUGGACGGAGUGUUUGUGGGGCCUGGACCCUGCUGCGUACGAGUCCUUCAAGAAGCAGGAGAGGAGAACCGAUCCCCUGCGGAAGACAAAGCUGGACGACUGCCCCGAGAAGGCCGACGGCGACGUGGUGGACGCUGUGCCGGAGGCGCAGGAGACGGUGCAGGUCAUUCCGGGCAGCAAGCUACUCUGGAGGGUCAACACCCGGCCCCCCCACUCGGCCCAGAUGUAUAAUUUCACGAGCUUCACGGUUAGUCUCAAUGAACUGGAGACGGGCAUGGAGAAGAUCCUGGCCCCCACCGACUGCCGGCUGCGCCCCGACAUCCGAGGCAUGGAGAACGGCAACAUGGACCUGGCGAGCCAGGAGAAGGAACGGCUGGAGGAGAAGCAGAGGGCGGCCCGGAGGGAGCGGGCCAGGGAGGAGGCCGAGUGGCAGACGAGGUGGUUUCACCGAGGCAGUAACCCGUACACGGGGACCCCCGACUGGCUGUACGUGGGGGGCUACUUCGAGAGGGAUUUCUCAGGCUGCCCAGACAUCUACUGAGAGAGCGGACCGGCCCCCGGACCCGGAGACCCGAGAGGCUAGACUCCGUCAAGUGGCUGCUCGGACCUUCGGUCACAGCAGAAACCAGCUCUUCUAGCGGCUGUUCGUGGAGAUGGCAGCAUCCCUGGCUGAGGGUUUG